AAUGCCUCGCUUCUGUGAAUUUCAAUCAAAGCGUACUUCAACCGAUGAUGACAGAGUUUUCGAUGAUUGGGGCGUAAGCCGCUUAGGCUUUGCACAUGGAAAAACCCACAGAACCACAUACUUGAACCACCCAAUUGAACCACCCAAUUGAGCCGCCCACAUGAACGAAAACAGACACAUCGGCCCACCCGCAAUCGCACCAUCAGUUUUUGGUAUAGUAUUUUGGCAAAAGCGAUUAAUUUCGAGUAAUUGCAACUUAAUGAAAAUCAUUGAAUUGUACAAAUUAAUGGGAAUGUCUUCAGCAUUCUGAUUUUCAGACAUCCAUGUGUGUUUUAGUGCCUGUUAAUUAAUGCUUUGAUGAACCGCACUCAACCACUUGGCCGUUUUCCACCUGCAAAAGGCCCAAAGUCCCGGAGAAUUCAGAUGCCGAACCGAUUUUCAUCUGCGGCAAUUGCGGAUUUUGGCCCGGAAUUGUAAGCGUUUGCCAUUCGCCAUCGGGGCGGAAUGCCAAUAGGUUUAUCGUGUCUAUUUGCCUAUUUUAGCAGAAAAUUAUAUUAAUUUGAUUGAUUGAUCUGCGGAGCAAGGACAAAACAGCGACCAAAUGCAAGAUGAAUCCGGAUCAACCGAUGCCAAUGCAAACCGGGGCGCCCCCGCCGCCGCCGCCCUCGCAGCUGACCGCUGCCCCGCCCACCGGCUCAAUGGCCACAACCACAGCGCCGCCACACUACGGCAGCGGAAUGGGGAUCCAGAUGCCGCCCACCUCGUCCGCCGGCGGAACCGCCGGCAACUACGUGUCAAUCGGCAUCCUGCCCAGCAUGUCGCCCGCCCAGCUGCCCCCGCUCCUCCUGCCCGCCCCGCCCCCCGCGACGACGACCUUCAAGACCACGCCCCUGCUGCCCAUGCCCACGCUCGAGGACAUUGAGGUGGCCAACCAGACGGGCGGCCAAAGUGGCCAGGUGAUUGUAUCCUUGGCGCAAACUUCAAUGGCGCCGCCGGGUAUAUUGAAGUAUCCCACGGCGAGUUAUGUGAACGAUUUGAUGGCACCGCCGCCCACCAUGUCGCUGCCCCUGCCCCUGCCCAUGCCCCUCACCUCGACUGUCAGUACCGCCGGCAGCAACAACAUAAGCGCAAGCAACAACAGCAAUUGCGGUACGCUUAAAAGCAAUGCCAAACUUUUGCCGCUGCAGCUGAUGGCCACGCCCCCCAGCCGCAAGGAGGCGCAGGCGGUAUCGAUUCAGGCCCAAGCGCAGGUGCAACACCAAUUGCAGCAGCAACACCAGCAGCAACAGCAGCAUCAGCAGCAACAGCAACAGCAACAACAACAGCAGCAACGGCAAAGAAAGCGGCAGGGAUUUUGCUCCUGCUUCGGUUCGGGGGGCGGCAGAGGGGGAGGGGCAGGUGGAGAGUGUCCUGGUGAGACCGGAAAGACACCGCCCGGAUACGGAAGCAAGGACAACGGCAAGAAGAAGAAUCGCAAGGCCACCACGCAAACCGUCUGGUCCGCCCUCCUCACAAAUCUCGGCAUCUGCAUGCUGCUGCUCGCCUACACUUUGCUCGGCUCCUUCAUCUUCCUGACCAUCGAGAACGAGGACUCGGCCCUGCUGCAUCAGCAGCACACUUUGGCCAGCACCAAGCGCAAUAUGGCUGGCCUUGGUAUCGGAAUCGGGAUCGGGAACAGUGUCUACCAGCAGAGGACAUCGCAGCAGCAGCAGCAGCAGCAGCAGCAGCAAGGACAUCAAGCGGUACAGGGUCGUCCGGCGGACAAUGACACGGUCGCCGCCGCCGUCGCCGCCCAAGGAAUGCCGUCCGGAAAUGCCAACGACUUCGUCUACGGCGUGGACGAUGCGGCAGACUUGGAGGCCGGCGGCAUGCCUCAAUUCGCCCUCUCGCCGGACACCUACGAUGUACGGCAGCGGACCAUCGAGAAUAUCUGGGACAUCACCGUCUCGCUCAACAUUCUCUACAAGGAGAACUGGACAAAAUUAGCCGCACUUGAAAUAGCCAAGUUUCAAGACCAAUUAAUCAAGAGACUGAACGAGGAUGUUAUGCUGCAAUUAUCGCACGACGAUGUGGCCAACGCCCCCUCCUCAUCCUCCUCGGGCGCCUCUGGUGUGCCGGGCAACAAUCCGGCCACGGAAGCCGUGCUCCUUCACACACACUAUCACCAUCACCGCGCCGGAGGCGUCGGGGGCGUGGCAGUGGGCGGGGGACCGCCGCAUGAGUGGAAUUUUGCCAAAGCGUUUUUGUACUCGCUGACCGUUUUGACCACAAUUGGCUAUGGGAACGUUGCACCGCGGACGACGCUCGGAAGGAUCGUGACCCUGGCGUACGCCUUCUUUGGCAUCCCAUUGACCUUGGUCUAUCUGAGCAGCACGGGCAGCAUUUUGGCCCGGGUGGCCCGCGAGGUCUUCUCGAAGGCCCUGUGCUGCUGUCUUUGCUCGAAUUGCGGCUACUGCUGUUACGACGAGAAGCGGAUGGCCGAAAAGGAGCGCCGGAUGCGACGGAAGAGACAGCAGGAGGAGUUGCGCAAACAGCAGGCCGUGAUGCAGGAGCCGUAUUACGUGAGGGAUGUCUUUCAUGCCACACCCGAGAAGGACGCGGUGGGUGGUGGAGCUCCGCCACCGAAUGCUGGUGGACCUGGAGGCGGAUCUGCUGGUGGUGGAGGUUUGGCCGACAUCGACUCGCUUAGUGCCAGCGAAUCAAGGGGCUCCAUGCAUGGCCUCAGUAUCCUGGCUCCCAUUCUCCUCUGCUUCUCCAUGAUGAUCAUCUAUAUUGUUUUCGGCGCCGCCGUCUUAUAUCGCUUGGAGAACUGGCCCAUCCUGGAUGGCAUAUACUUUUGCUUCAUGAGCCUGUCCACGAUUGGUUUUGGCGAUAUGUUGCCGGGCUUGCGUAGGGAAUCGAAUGCCACCACCUGGUUUUGUUCGGUUUACAUAAUGUCGGGCAUGACCCUAACGGCCAUGUGUUUCAAUGUCAUCCACGAGGAGAUCGUCCAUCGAAUUCGCAUAGUGGUGGAGUUCAAGAAGUCGAGUGCUGCGAAUUCCGGCGGCAGUGUGUCGGGUGGUCCAGGUGGUGCCGGCAAUGCCGGUGGCUCGAUGAUGGAUGUGGCGCACGAGGAGAGUGGUCAGUACUAUGUGCCAGCAUCUUGACACUACGAGAAGCGAGGGCAUCUCUACCAGCGCAACCCCACCGAAGAGACCCUGGUGACAGACACACCCACAUCGCUGGUACUGAAGGACUAUGUAAACCACGAGCUGGUGCCCAUCCUCACAAUGGAUCCGAAUGGCGCCCGCCUGGCCCCCGCCCCCGCCUACACGCCCGCCCCCACUUCGGCGGUAAUUCCCGG